AUAACUUUACGCGUCCGACAGUUCGUCAUCAUGGUUUCCCACGAGAAAAAAUAAAUUGUUAAGUAUGUAUUUGCAACUUCCGUUACGAUAAUCAUUCCCUGCUGUAACGAUGUCAGGAUACACCGGUUUAAUUGGGUUGCCAUCCACCGGACAGUCUCCAAUCGAUUUGGAUGAUAGAUUAACACGACCACGCAGGUAUCCACCCCUUGUUUUAAAUGGCCACUGGAUGCAGGAUGGGGAAGCAUAUCUGACUAAUACUGGAUCAGUAGCGAAAAUAAUUUUAACCGGAGACCGAAUUCCAUCCACGGUUUGCGGAGGUCCCUUGGCAAACGACGUGUACGAAUUCUGUGAUCUUCAUUUUCACUGGGGCCAAGACGAUUGUUGGGGUGCGGAACAUACAAUCAACGGCACUUGGUAUUCGAUGGAAAGCCACGCGGUGCACUGGAAUCGCAAAUACGUCACGUUCGAAGAAUGCUGUAGGCACAAAGACGGCAUGUGCAUCUUGUCCCAUUUGUUUUUGGUGCAGCCAGCUUGUUGUCAAUGUUUGAACCCGCAAACGGAAAGAAUAACGGAAAAUUUGAAACAUGUUGUCGAAGCCGAUGCAGAAGUUAAAAUACCAUCCAACUCCUUGGCAUUUAUGCGCAGUGCAACGUUCUGUAGCAGGUAUUACACGUACAACGGAUCGUAUAAUGCUUCCGAAUAUCCUGAAUGCGUAAUAUGGAUCGUGUUUCCAGUAGUUAUCCCGAUACAAGCCGAGGAAAUCAGGGAAUUCCGGAAACUGCGAGACAAGGAUGGAAAGCGUAUAUUAUCGAACCGACGAGAAAUACAACAAUUGAAAUGUAGGAAAAUAUUUCUAGCUGUGUCCUGACGUCACAACGAUUCGAUAUUACCAAGUUUGUCUCUAUCAGCCAUUCUGUACACACCGUCAGCAAAUAUAACACGAGUCACCACAUGCUUCUGUUCAUAUUACGAUA